AUGGCCCGAAAAGUCCGUACGUUUUCCCCAUACGUCAUCGCUUCUCUCUUCUUCUGCGCCGCCCUCUACCACCAUUUCCUCCGCCACGCCUUCUCCGUCUUCUCCUCCUGGCCCUCCCCCACAAUUACCUCUACCGCCACCGUCAACUCCGCCGCCAACUAUGCCAUUCAGGAAAACCUCACGCGAGCAGCAGCAGCUUAUUCCCCUCAUGACACUGCACCUCUCCCCGCUCCCUCCCCAUCGUCGUUGCCGCCUCUGCCGCCGCCGCCAAUCUCCACCACUGGGAUUCUUCUCCCUGACUGGGAAGUGCUUGUGAUUGUUUCGCCGGAAACCCCUCCGUCGAAUCUCGAUGGUUACCUCUGUUUGUUUGAGACUAAUGAGACAUCCCCGGCGAGAUUCUCCGGAAUGUUGCAGUUUCCUGAUCGCGCAACGUUUAGUUGCCUUCUGCCAGUUAGAGCUCGGCGCCGGAGGCUUCCCUUCAGGCAACCGGUGCUGUUGAAGUCUCCUGACAAUCCUCCGGAGCGACAACCGACUGCGCCACCGCUCCUCCGGUGGUCUUAUCUGGUGUACGACUCUCUCACGACGGAGGACGACGUCGUUCUAUUCGUGAAAGGCGUGAACAUUCGGCAGGGAACUAACCGGGAGCCGAGCGAAUUCCGGUGCGUGUUUGGAGAUGACGUAGCAAACGGCGUUAAGACCACCGUCACGACCUCCAUGCAAGAAGUGUUUCGCUGCAAACGCCCUGAGCCAACGGCUGUUUCUUCAGUCGGAGGGGAAACCAACCCAAACCCAAUGAAGAUCUCCUUGGAGAUCGUUGGCGAAAACCGAGUGGUCCCAUCCGUGGCGUACUACACACCCCCGCGCAAGUUAGAGUCGAAGAACAGGAAAUCUCUACUGUGCGCCAGCACCAUGGUGUAUGAUGUGAGCAAGUUUUUGCGGGAAUGGGUUUUGUACCAUUCCAGAAUUGGGGUUGAAAAAUUCCUACUGUAUGAUAAUGGGAGUGAUGAUGAUCUUGGAAGAGUUGUGGACGAACUCGUAAAAGAGGAUUUUGAUAUCAACACGUAUUCUUGGAGAUGGCCUAAAACUCAAGAAGCUGGAUUCUCACACAGUGCACUCUACGCUAAAGAUGUUUGUACAUGGAUGAUGUACUUGGACGUGGAUGAAUUUGUGUACUCCCCUUGUUGGAAAAAUCUCUCGGAACCCUCAAAAUCAUUGUUACACCCUCAUCUAAUUUCACCAAACUCAUCAUCCAGCAGCUCAGGUCAAAUUAGCAUUAGUUGUUAUGAAUUUGGGCCGUCGGAUCAAAGGGUUCAUCCAGUCACAGGAGUGACACAAGGGUACAAUUGCCGGCGGAGGUAUGAGAACCGGCACAAGUCGAUAGUCCUAUUAGAUGCUAUUGAUGGUUCUUUGCUUAAUGUGAUACACCAUUUUAAGUUGAGGGCAGGGUACAGGACUAGGAAGUUGAGCACCAAGGUUAUGGUGGUGAAUCACUACAAGUAUCAAGCAUGGCCCGAGUUCAAGGCCAAGUUUAGGAGGCGGGUGUCGGCCUACGUCUUGGACUGGACCAAAAAGUUGAACCCUAAUUCAAAUGAUCGGACGCCCGGAUUAGGGUUUGAGGCGGUGGAGCCUCAAGGGUGGCCUCGGAUGUUCUGCGAGGUACGUGAUAACAAGUUGAGGGAUUUGGUGUUGAAAUGGUUUGGGAUUAAGUUGGAUCAUGGGAUCCGAAUGACUUGGCAAAGAUGA